AUGAAUGGUGAGAAUCAUAGUCGCAUCUUCACCAAGGAGGUUCCCAGGUAUGGCGCCGGGAGGAUAUUGGCGGAUGGGAGCGACGACGCUGGGCAGCUUUGCGAGGUUUGCCAGGAUAUUGACUUUGCGACGCUGCUGGACUGGCAGCCGGGGGAUUCAAGACCAUGGGUUUCACGGAGGAAGAGGAGGAAGGAGGGAAACCUGUGUCCGUGGUGUGUCUUCUUCCACUCCAUGAUCACUACCGGCAAGUUCACGCCGUAUCUGCGUAUUCGCCUAGCAUUCGAGCGGCUUGGCGGUGGAGAGAAGCACGCGCUAGGCAAGUCGGUACUCUUUGAAGUCACGACGAGGAAUCGGUCUCUUCCAUGGGGGUACAUUAACGGCCAUGCGAAAGUCAACGGAAAGGACAAGCGCCAAGUCGAAUCAAGGGUCAUCCGGGGGAGGGAGAUAUCUCCGUUGCUCCAUCUCCCGCUGGCAAAGAGCUGGAUUGACUUUUGCGGUGAGAAUCAUACCGAGGCCUGUUCCGCCAAGAAUCGGGUACUGGUCAAGGGCUUGAAGCUGAUUGAUUGCGAAGAGAAUAAAGUUGUUCUCGCAGAGCACCACGAGACCGGCACCAGGCAUCAGAAUGUGGACUAUGUCACGCUCAGCUAUGUCUGGGGAGGCUCUCACCAUAAGGACGACGGGGCCGCCUCUGGUCAAGGAACCGACGACGGCGGCCAUCUUCCGCGCGAUCUCCCAAAACUGAUUGCUGAUGCUAUUGCCACUACUAGGGGCCUUGGAUAUCGGUACCUCUGGGUCGACCGAUAUUGCAUGCCCGCGAAGGGAGACCUGGAGAGAGCGUUAGAACGCCAGCAACAGCUUGACAUUAUGGGUCAGAUAUUCAGCCAUUCGACUCUGACACUCGUCGUUGCCGCGGGAGAAGGCGUUGAUGACGGCAUCGCUGGAGUCAGUGUACCCCGCGAAGAGCAGCUGUCAAUACAAACAGGGUCAGACCUUUUCACCACGUCGCUUUUGCGCCCAGACCUCGAGGUUGCUUCGUCGAAGUGGGCGUCUCGGGCAUGGACAUACCAGGAGGGUCUUUUGUCGCGACGACGCCUCAUCUUCACGCCCUCGCAGAUCUACUUCCAGUGCCAGGCCAUGCACUGUCACGAGAGUCUUUCUCUGCCCCUAAAAUAUGCACCGGGUCUGAACUUUGGUCGGGUGUUUCCCACUUCGACCGAAGAUAUUCUUCGGCCCAACAAACUGAAGAAUCAUAUCAAAGCCUACCUGGCCAAGAGCCUCACUUACACCGACGACCACCUAGACGCCUUCAGGGGCUUACUUCAUGAAUACUCACGGCGGGAGAAGCUGCCUGUUGAGCACUUGCUCGGCCUGCCCCUUUUCCAUCCUGACGACUUCACCAGGCACAAGGUCGUCAGCCAAACAGACCGCCUGGCCGUUGCUCUGGGAUGGAUGCCCAACCGCACACUCCCCUCUUCUUCCAUCUCCGCCGCCUCCAACUCUUCCCACGACGACCUCCUUCACAAUCCCGUCAUCGACCCUUACUCUCUCAUUGAUUCCCCCUGUCCCUUUCCCUCUUGGACAUGGCUCGCAUGGCGGCCUAACCAAACAACGUAUAAUUACAACACCCCUAGCUACUCCUUCAACUUCAAUCUCGUGGACGACGCCUCACCUCUUCUUGACGGCGUAUCAGCGGCGCCCGGGAUGGAAAUCUCCGUCGGCUUCAGCGACGGCAUGGUUCUCUCGUGGGAGAUUGACGGGGACGCCAUCGCCCGCAAGACCGACAAGAUCGAGAUGCUGCGCCUUAAGACGUACUGCUUCGAUCUUGACGUGAAAAAAACCACCGCUGGCGCUGGAAACAGGUCGACCCUGUCCCUGGCCGAGCCCGUGGCCUCCGCGCUGGGCAAAUCCGCCUCCGAAUACGUCGACGCAUGGAUCCGCCGCUCGUCCGUCACUGUCCUCUCCGCCUCUGCAGAUGAUGCACCGAUCGACCCAGAGUACCACCUCGUCGGCGUCCUCGUUUCGGGGCGUCACUGGAAGUCCGAUGGCCCGAUUCAUCGUGCAACGGGCCCGGGGAGUGCCGCGGCUACGGCGACGGCGCUGAUAUGCGGGCGCAGGAACUGGGAUCCCGAGGGCCAGUUGGUGCGUCUGGGCGCAUUGAGCAUCGCGUAUGACGGGCUGGUGCCUGUGGCGAACGAGGCCGAUGCGUCUAUUAUGAAGGGGAUUGAUGCUAGAAGCGGGGAGAAGAAGGAUUUGAGGGUACGGUUGCGGGAGUUGGAUAUCUACUGA